AUGGUGAUGAGAAAGCUAGAGCUACCGUUGAGCCAGACGCAGAAGGUGAGGUUUAAGAGAGCCAUCGAGCGGCUUCAAUCACUGUCGUCGACAGCGAACUCCGACGCCUCUGUUAUCGUCACCGACUCCAUUCCUGUUAACCACGAUGAUGCCUUCCUCAAGGGACACGGAACUUCCGAGGUCGACGGUGAGUUGCUCGCGACGGUGUGUGGAGUUGUGGAGCGCGUGGAUAAGCUCGUCUAUGUACGCACCUUGCGAGCCAGGUACAAGCCUGAGGUUGGGGAUAUUGUGGUAGGCCGUGUCAUUGAGGUUUCUCAAAAACGUUGGAGAGUAGAGCUCAACUUUGCUCAGGAUGGAGUAUUGAUGCUUUCUUCAAUGACCAAUCCCGAUGGUGAACAGAGGCGAAGAACGUCUGUGGAUGAACUUAAUAUGCGGAAUAUCUUUGUAGAGCACGAUGUCCUUUGUACUGAAGUUCGCAACAUUCAGCAGGAUGGCAGUUUGCAGCUACACGCAAGAAGCGAGAAGUAUGGCAAGCUCGAGAAAGGACAGCUUCUGAAGGUUGAUCCUUACUUGAUUAAGAGACGCAAACACCACUUUCAUUACGUAGAUACUCUUGGGAUCGAUUUGAUUCUCGGCUGCAAUGGUUUCAUAUGGGUUGGAGAGCACGUCGAAGUCAGAGAUCCUAUGAUAAUUGUUGAUCAAAAGAAUGAUGAGACGGUCUCAUCCUCCACCAACAACACUCUGAAAGAUCAAAGCCAUACUACGCUCGAAACUCGACAAUGCAUAUGCAGAAUCGGGAAUGCAAUACGUGUCUUAUCUAAUCUAGGCUUCACCAUGGAUCUAGAAGUGAUCAUGGAGACUUUUAACCUCAGCAACUCAAAGAAUAUCGACAUAUACGACAUGCUUGGAUCAGAGUUUCACGUCGUGGUCACAGAGAAUGAAGCCGAAAGAAGACGUGCAAAGAGGAGAAACUGA